AUGGAAUCAGCUAUUUGCUAUAGUCAAACUUCAGCUGUCCAGCAAGAAGAUGGAAUAAAGCUACUAAAUCAAAUGAACCUAAAGGAAGGAGAUGUUCUUCUUGAUCUUGGUUGUGGUACUGGUUUUCAUGCAAGAGAUGCAGCUGGGAGAGUAGGAGAAACAGGGCGAGUUGUUGCAGUUGAUCCUGAUAAGAGCAGGAUUGAAGUUGCCAAGAACGCUCUGGACAGCAACUCUCCAACCAAUCUUCAAUUCAUAGUUGCCAGUGACAAGGACUUUCCUGCAGAUGAUGCACAAUAUGAUUAUGUUCUCUCGUCCUUUGUGAUACAUUGGAUCAAAGACAAAGAGAGUGCUUUCAAAAGGAUCUACAGCAGCCUCAAACCAGGUGGAAAGUUUGGAUUCACUUCGCAGGAUGAUCCAAAAAUGCAUGAUGUGUUGAUUGAGAUGCUUCAACUGUGUGGCCCUCAAGUUUUCCAGGAGACAGCACAGUCAAUGCAUUGGAAGUCUGCAAACUACUACAAAGAGUUAGCAGAAUCCAUUGGCUUUGAGGUGACACUUAUGGAUGUUGCUGAGAAGACUUUCUCCUUUCCUGACAUUGAAGCAUUCAUUAAUUUCUUCUAUGGGGUUUUCCAUGGUAAGUUUGAUCGUACUCUACCAGCUAUUGACGGCAUUCGUGAGAAGUACAAGGGACAAUCUUUGAUGGUAACUAUUCCAAGACUGACAGGAAUCUUCACAAAGCCAGUUAAUGUCUGA